CAACUGAAACUCUCCUGUUUCUCUCCUCAUUCUCUCUAGUCUCUCGCCCUUUACUUUCCAGCAAGGUUUUUCUUUGAAAAAAUCGUUUCUUUACAGAUUAUUCUCUCUUUUAAAGAAAAAAAAAAUCCCAUCUUUGAUGUAAAAUAUUGGAAAAUGAAUCCCGCGAGUUCGGUCCGAGUGAAAUACACAGAGCAAAGAAGAGUUACCAACAAGUUAGUGAAGCCGUCGAGCAAGUGGUUUUCCAUGGAGUCCAGUGCCAAAGCCCCUAGAAUUGUCAGAAUUUCUGUCACCGAUGGCGAUGCAACGGAUUCUUCUAGCGACGAGAGCGAACAUGAGAGAAAUCAUAGAGUGAAAAGGCAUGUAAACGAAAUCAGGAUCGAAGAUUGUUCCACAUUCAAUUUCUCCAAGUCAGCAAACAAGCAAAACAAGCAAACAAAUAGUAAGUGCAAUCCUGUUAAUAUCAGAUCAAAGAAGCAGCAACACCAAUGUUUGUCUACCGGGGUAAAGUACCGUGGGGUUCGGCAAAGGCCGUGGGGAAGAUGGGCGGCUGAGAUCAGGGAUCCUACGAGUCGAACCAGGGUCUGGCUUGGGACUUAUGACACUGGAGAAGCUGCCUUGGUUUAUGACAGAGCAGCGAUUCGAAUCAAAGGCCCUGACGCUCUCACAAACUUUGUAAAGCCUCCUGUGAGACCUUCCUCACCGGAGAUUGAACUUGAAACGAUUUCCGGGUAUGAUUCUGGCCAAGAAUCGCUGUCGCUCUGUUCACCUACUUCUGUUCUCAGAUUUCAGUCCAAUGAGGAAACCGAACUUCAAAUCGAGUCCAAAGAUGACUCUUUCGAGCUUACCGAAAGUGAGCGGAGACCUGUUCAGGAACGCCCGGAAGAACCAACUAACUUAUCAGAUGAGUAUUUGUCAACAGAUCCGGGGGCUUUAUGUGAUUAUUUUGAUUAUGAUAACAUUGGGCCAAUAUUUUUCGAUGAGAUGAGGUUACCAGAAGAGAGAAAUUUGGAACAAGAUUAUGCUGAUAUUUCUGUUAAAUUAGAUGUCGAUUUUGGGUCUUGUACGUGGGAUGUCGAUAAUUACUAUUAAGAUCAAUGUAGUUUGCCCUGAAAAAACAUUACCAUGGAGUUGCAGCCCUGGAAAUGUUCAGAUGGUGCCCCUUUUUUGCUGGUAAAUACUUUUGUCAAGCGGUAAUUUGUGUGAAUGUGAUGGUAAAUUCCGAGUGGAAUUUUGGGUACAUUUCCCGCAGUCUUUUACUUCCUUUCUACCACUUUCUAGGUCUGUUUCUCUACUACUACCACAGUGUGUAAAAGAAAUGCCAAGUAAAUAUGUAAAUUCUUGCUUCUUCCAAGGGUUCUUUUUCGUGUAUGUGUUCC